UGGCAACAAACAAAAAUAGUAUGUAUCUAUUUUAGGCCCAAAAUAGUUCAAGAGAAGAUUUGUUAUCAUAAGCCCACAGGCCCAUUAGACACAUUUUUGAUUUACAUGUAAAUGGGGAAGUCAGCAUUUUGAUCGUUGACUGUGGAGUAGUUAGAUUUACAAAUGAAAGAGCCGAAUGAGAUGAUGACACGUUUCAUUCCGAUUAAGUAAGAAAUCUUCUCUUGCUUGUUUCCUCUUAAUUAACAUCAAAAUCUUGAGUCGAGUUUGAAGAAGCCAAACUCCAAAAAAAAAAAAAUUAUCAAAGAAAUGCAAAUGGGAUAUGAAAAUCCAAGGACUAUGUACGGUGUGAUCAUCACCGUGUACGUUGAUCGUCAAACGACGACCGUCCGAUCAUUUCAAGGGAGACAGAAGAAUGAUGAAGGGGAGAGAUUCAUUGAACGGACGUGGAAGCGUGGGAUCGGAAAGAUACGCGGUUAUGAUCGGAGAGCGAAUCUGUUAGCUUAUAUUCGUCAGAAGAGGGCCGAGAGUCUCACCGGAGAUUCGAAAUGCGACGUCGUAGAGAGUGACAACAAGCCUGAACGGCUGAGUCCGAGUCCGAAGAAGAAGAAAAGAAGGUGGAUAAGAAGAAUGAUGAGUAAGUUCCGGUUACCGUUUCUUCGGCCAUUUCGCCGGAAAAAUAGAACGUGGAGAUACAGACAUUUUGAUCCAGAUGAAGAAGAAGGAGAUGCAAGGAGCAAAGCUAAACACAACUCAGAUAUUUGGAAUAAGCUAAAACAUAUGGUUGGAGGAUUAUCACGCGGCUGCGGACGAAGUAGAAGAGAUUCGUGAUGAACUAAACAAGAAUCAAGAAAUCGAAUGUUGUCUGAAUUUCGUUAAGAAGUGAGAAAAGCUUUUUUUCUUUUCUUUUCUUUUCACAUAACCUUUUUAUUGUUCUUCCAGAACUUGAGGAAGAUGAAGAUCAUAUCAAUACAGAGGAAAAAAAGUGGAAAUAAAAGAGAAAUUAUGAAAUGAGGCAUAAGAGAUCAUUCCUCAUUAAAGUACAACAAUGCAGAAACAAUAAUACAAUUACACAGAAUAC